AUGAAUCAAUCUACCACUAUACUCUUUGUUCCAGGCGCGUGGCACAAUCCCGAUUGCUAUGAUUCCAUUGUGAGCCGCCUCGAGGCAGUCGAUUAUAAGACCAAGAAGGUCCAUCUACCCACAGUGGGUCCACUAACACACUACCUGGACUUUGACGAAGAUGUUGCACAUAUCCGAGCGCAAAUCGAGCAAGCAGUCAAUGCAGGGCAGAAAGUGGUUGUGGUGGUGCACUCUUAUGGCGGGGUACCAUCAAAUGAGGCAAUUCAAGGACUGGACAUCAACACGCGCCAGAAGAUGGGUCUGACUGGCGGCGUCACCCAUCUGUUUUUCUGCUGCUCCUUUGUCAUUGCCGAAGGACAAUCACUCAUCAGCGCCUUCGGUGGAAAUGACCUUCCUUGGUUUAGAGUGGCAGACGAUAAGUUGGAAGUCAAUGUUGCAGAUCCAGACAAAGUUUUCUACAACGACUGUGAUGAUGCGCAGGUUGAACGUGCGGUCGCUGCUUUGAGAUCCCAUAGUUACCAGAGCUUCCACAGUAUCUGUACUUAUGCAGCAUGGAAGCAUAUUCCAUCAACCUACUUAUACUGUCUUAAGGAUGCAGCCAUUCCUCUCGCGGUACAGAAGAUGAUGGUUGAGGGCACGGCUAAAGGAUCCGGGAUGAGGACGGAGACGGUGAAUGCAUCCCAUAGCCCGUUUAUCAGCCAGCCUGAUGAGUUGACUGCAGCCAUUCGACGGGCUGCUGGGGAGAGCAUUUAA